AUGGUCUGCCUCGACGGGUAUUUGAGCAAGGAUUUCGACGAAGACGACGAAGGAUCAUGCUACCGAAGAGCGGCUGUGCAGCAUCUUGCGCUGUUCUUGCUGCGACGGUCGGCCGAAGAUGCAAAGCGGGACGCCAAGCAGUGGGCAGCCUCAUCCGGUGACGGUGACUCCACGGCAGUCUAUCUAGACGAGGAUGGCACCGCGGAGGCGGGUGUCGAGCCCGGAUCGAAGCUCGAUCGGGGCGAACCAAAUCACGGCCGGCUCGCCAGAGCUCAUAGGAUGAUGCAGGAGCUCAGCCGCUUCCAGCAACUGGCGUUUUCGUCGUCUUCCGAGUUCCAGGCCGCAAUACUAUCCGAACGGGGCCCGAGACGAAUCAACAUCCCGGGGCGGGCAUCCUCCGGAGCCACCAUACCGCCGCAGAGUCAGGUUAGGGCCAUAAAGUCGCAGCAAACCUGUGCGUCCAGGGAGAGGGAGAAGAUGAUCCGGGGAAUACAAAGCGUGCCCCCGGCAGAGGUGACUGAUCGUCGGGCGGCGGUGCGCAGCGUGCUCACGGGUUUCGGGGAUGACGAUAUCCUGAUGACGGCGGCGGACCUCGAGGAAACGGUAGAGGCCAGCGCGGGAAUGGAGAUCCGGCUCGGCGCCUCAACCUCCUUUAUCGAGGCGGGUAAGGCCCUGGUAGCGAGGUUCACGCUGAACAAGAAGCAGGAGAAAGGCAACGGGUGUCAGCUAUGCCAAUUCGUCGGCGGAGAGGGCGGAACGGGCAAGUCGCGAGUCAUCGAGGCGCUCGUCGAACUCUUCGCGUCCAAGGAUCAAUCGAAUCGCGAUCUCGACGGGUUGCGAAUGCCGAACCAGGCGGAGCGGUUCGUCCACGGGCAAUCCCGGAUGGACUGGCAGGAGAAGGACGUGCUUGUCGUCGACGAGGUUAGCAUGCUCGUUCCGCCCGGUCCAAGAGCGGUCGAUCCUCCUCCCAGCACGGCCGUCUCGUGGGACAUGGACAACUCUUUCAAGGCCGAGCAACGGCACCAGCACGACAAGGCGCACGCGCUGUGGAAGAGGUUCACGACCGUCGUCAUGCUCGACGAGCAAGUGCGCGCCGCUGGCGACCCAGAGCUGCAGAGGCUGUUAAAGCGAAUCCGACUGGGCGCGCAGGACCGCACGGAUCUGGACCUCCUCAACUCAAGAUGCUACCAGGAAGGUAGGCGGAUCCCGUGGGCAUCAGGCAUCACUGUGGUGACGCCGCUGAAUAGGAACCGGUGGAACCUCAACAUGGAGGCCAGCUUGGCGUUCCAGAUCCAGCACCGGUCGACGCUGCGCAUCUUCAUAUCCGGCCAUAAAUGGAAGGAGGGCUUGCCGACGGAGGAGGAGGCCAUCAUGAUGCUGAACCAGGGCGACGAUAGCGCAAUACCGGUGCCGGCCGUCUUCAUGUUCGUGCCGGGGAUGCCGGUCGUCGUGAACCACAACACCCAUCAGGGCUAA